AUGGUGUUGUCGGCAUUUGUAAUAAAGGCAACAUUUUCUGUACCUGAUGAGGGAAAAAUAUUGAAGGGUAUUUUUCUGUUCUGGCUACAGCCUCUUCAGUCUAAAAAGCUCACUAUGACUAUGUGGUGCGAAAUAAUGACAACAUUUGUCAUUGAUCCAUUGCACCAUGCACUGGCAAGCGGUGAGAGUAUUCACACUUUGAUAACCUAUAUGUUUAUUUCAAUGUAUUAUUUUCCCACAUGCAGCUUUUGGGAUGACUGGAUUCGUCAGCCAGCCCAGAGAAAGGAACGAGCAUGUAUCCGCCCAGAGCUGUCUCGUACUAAAACAUUUGGCAAAGUUGGUGUGAGCAAUGGCCUUUUUUAUGAAAAGCAUCUUAAAUUCAUCAAACUAAAUGAUAAAGCUGUGCCUUUUACCAAAAUGGAUCUCAAUUAUUUAAAAAAAGACUUCUAUGAUGUUGCAUUUGUGAAACAAAUAUAUGGUGCCCCUUCUGUAACUUUGCAUCAGCUGCAGAGAGGAAGCAUCGAUCACUCUGAACCUGUUCGUAUUACUUAUGAAAAUAAAGACGUUUUUAAGAAAAGUGCUAAAGCUCUUGGCCUUAUGGAUGAUUUUAAGUCUGGUGUCCCUCGAACGGGGUACAGAGGUGUAGUUAGUUUUAUGUACAAAGGCAGAAGAGUGUACCUGGCACCUCCGGCAGAUUGGAAGGGCUAUGAUCCAACUUGGAGCUAGCAGUUUUUAAUGUGUUUAAAGAAAUCUCAUAUCAUACAAAAAUCUUUCAAGAAAAAUGCCUGCAUAAUACAUGUAAAAAUUUAAUAUUGAAAUUUGACAUUUGGAAAGAGUGUUGUAUAAUUUUACAUCAAAACUGAAGAAAACUGUUACAUAGCAAUUAUGGGUUUUUAUAAAAUAUAUUCAUCUUAAACUACCAUAAUCAUAUGAUGCGUAAUUUUUUAUCUGUGAAAGAGCUGUUCAUAUUUAAAGGAAUUAAACUGAAAAGGAGUAGAACUACAUAUCUUCCUAAAUGUUGUGAGAGAAUCUCCAUUUUUUGUUGCUGUAUGUGCAUUUAAUGUCAAAUAAAGGUUUGCAAAUAGUUCCUUUUUAUAUUCUGAUCCAUACAUUAAAUUGAAUAUCUUAUGCAAAUGAUGAUCAAGACCUUUGUUGUUUUAAUUCUAAUUCAGUUACUUGUUUUCACAGUUCCAGUUUAUAAAUUGAAGAUAUAUAAUUACGCUUAUAACACUCAUGCAAAAUGUUUUUAUAUACUGCUAAAACAAAAUCUUAUUCAGAAUUUUAUUUCUCUUUGCUUUGGCAUUGUAUGUUUAUGUGUUGCAAAAUAUUGUCUGUUUAAUAAUUUAUUAUAUUUGGUAACUGUAAGUCAUUUUGUACUGUAUAUGUGUAACAUAAAUAUUUUACAACAAAGUAUAUUAAAAUCUUAAACAAAAGCUUUUGGGGGGGCACUGGAUAAGAGGCAGAAAUUUUUUUUCAUAGGAAUCACUCAAAUGUUUUAUAAUAAUUUAAUAGUAAAAUAUUUUAACAUAUGUUAUAAGUAAUGGAACAAUCAAUCUAUUUGUACCCUUCUGGAUUGUGUUCUAUAUUAAAUACUAAUAACCUUUUUGCUCCCUACCUAUUA